CGUUCCUGUGUUGCAGUCCUUGUCGUCGGCCACCAGCACGAGAUUACAGUCCGACACUAUCACAGAAGAGCAGACCCGACAAACAGCAGGCACAACCCCCCAUGCACCCCUAGAUGGACCACUGGCCCUCCAAGCGUCUUCUUUUGCUGCGCUUCUCUCCCUCCAUUACCAGACGUCAUCCUCACCCAGGCCCUCCAGCAUGGCCACAGAUGCCAAAACGCCAACGAAGCAGCAGCCCAUCGCACAAGCCCCUCGACACCAGGACCCACGAGCACACCUAUACAGAGCAAGGUUGUGCUCAACAACAGGCCGCCGAGCAACUGGCACACCAAGACAGCGGCCUCCGGUGGGGAUGCGAUCUGAGUGUCAGGAUGCAGGAUGAACUGCCGGGCAGCCAGUGCUUCAACGGGGAUAUGGAGGAGGAAGGGCAACUUGGCAAGCAGCAUGAUCGGGCGGUCGUGUUCGGGUCGGGUGACACGCGCGGCCUACGAUAAGCGGAAUCUCGAGAAAGAAAGGAGUGGUUAUGGAAGGUGGCUUGUGGCUGAGUUUGUCAGUUGCGCUGCGCUU